CAUACGUGCCCCCUCGCGUCCCUUCAUCUCUCCUCAUCUCAUUCCUCAUUUUGCUUCUUUCAUCAUUCCGCCCCCAUUCCCCUCUCCUCCAGAGGAAUCACAGAAAACCCAAACCCCCCACCGCCUGGACUCCUCUAUGGUUGCCAUUGAUGCCGAGGUCGGGGAUUUGGACGUGGUCUUGGAUUUGGACGAGGUGGGGGACGUGGUCGUGGGUUUAGUCGCGACUCUUCCAAUGACGAGAACUCAUUCCCUACCAGUGGAGCUCCUUAUAAUCAGGUUUCUUUUGAAGGAAAUGCUUGGAAGUCUUCUGAAAGACGUGGUUAUGGUGGACCACGAGGUCCUUACCGUGGUGGUGGUGGUCGUCAUGGAGGUUUCAGCAAUGGUGAAACUGGUGAAGCUAAAGAAGGACGACCUCGGAGAGCAUUUGAUCGUCGCAGUGGGAUUGGAUGAGGAAAUGAAUUCAAACAUGAAGGUUCAGGACGUGGUAACUGGGGAACCCAAACUGAUGAACUUGCUCAGGUAACUGAUGAGGUUGCGAAUGAAACUGAAAAGAAUUUGGGUGACGAGAAGCCUGCAGUUGAAGAAGAUGUAGCUGAUGGUAACAUC